GGGUGUGCAAUCCGCCUCAGCACAUUAGAACUGUGACUCGGAAAAGACAACAGACAAGGACAGACAGACUAUUACCUGGUACAAUUACCAUCUGUCCCCUUUGGCAUAGACCAAACCAAGUCUCUCUUAGGCGCAGUUCGCUCUCAGUCUGAAGAACCACUGUGACUCGCAGCCAGCCAGAACUGUUGACAGGCGCCAACAAAAGAAAUUGAGAAGCCCAAGAAUAGCCCAGCCAGCCUAGAUGCAUCACCCGCUUAUCACAAGCCAGUUAAGACUAAAAACAUUGUGGUCCCUGUAAAAUGUGAAUGUCCACUUGUGGGCGACACCAAUUUCAUCAGUAUGCCCCCCUCCCCCCUCUUUUCAGCAGUGAUAUCCCUGCUACACAUUGCACAUAUUCGUGCACACGCCUGCCUCCUUCAGGAAAAUAAACAGAACCUGGCAAAUUUGCGCAUUCGACACUGCAACAAGAAACACACAAGACAUUCACGAGAGAAUCGGCCGCCUUUCAAGAUGUCAACAGGUCUUUCUAAACAUGUAUUGGACCCCGAUCAGACGCGUGGCGCAAACAAGAUACUCCUCCAUUGCAUGAAGAAGUAAUUAAUAUGUAGUAUCUCAAGCGGGGUCGC